GACAUAUCUGUGAUGACAGGUGAGGCCCCCUGACAGCAGACGAGGUCCCUCACGUGACAGGUGAGGGUCCCAGGACAACAGGUGAGGCCUCCCUGAUGACAAAUGAGGCCCCCCUGACGACAGGUAAGGCUCCUCUGAUGCCAGGUGAGGCCCUUCUGAUCACUAGUGAGGUCCCCCUGAUGACAGGUGAGGUCCAGUUGUAGGGCUUUGGGUCGAGCUGGAAACCACGAUGCUCUCUGGGUGGGAAGAUGUGAAGCCAGGCGCUGGAAGAGCCGUGGGCACCAGUGUGGGCAGAGAUGGGUAUCCACCUGGAGGAGGAUGGGAAAGGCAGUUCCAUCACAAGCUCCUUUUCCCAGAACAAAGCAGUGGGCUCGAGGGCCCUCUGGACAGGGGAGGGGGAGCACACCCCCCGGGGCAAAAACGCAUCUUCUCAUCUCCUUUUUCCAGUGUUUCCUCCAUUUGGCUUCCAUCCGGCUCUCUUUUUAUUUCUAGCUGGAGUCUACUGGUGUGAGAUGCUCACAGAGGAGGGACCAAGGCCCAAGAAGCUCUGCCCUGUGGAGGGACAGGGGCGGGGGUGCUGAGAAGACAGAACCAGGGAGUGGGGAGCCAGGAGCUGCUCUUCCAGGACCCCAUGACAGGUCACAGUGGGCUUUUGGGACCCCAAUCUGUAUCCACUGGCUCUCUCCAGAAAACCUGUUACCUGCAGGGAAGAGCCGUCUCGGCCUCCUGCCGUCCUAUCAUCUGGCCACCUCUGGCCACCUCCAGAGCAGAGCCUCAGGGUGGCGUCCAUGGUGCCACCCACCCUGGCUGCCUGGCUGCCCCGCGGCCUCCUGUGGUUUCAUGUGGGGGAUGCGAAUGCAUGUGGGAAAACAGAAGCGGACACUUUGGCUUCGUUCUGAAGAUCUACGGCCAAGUGCUGUUAUCAGAAACCUUCUCUCAGGCUGUGUUAUGGGCUAAACUGUGUCCCUAAACUGAUGUGUGACGUCCUAACCCCAGGACUCAAGAGAGCGGCUGCACUGCAGACUGGCCUUCGGAGGUGAGUGAGGUCAUGCGAGGUCACAGGGUGGCUCCGGACCGUCUGACUGUGUCCUCGUCAGAGCUGAUCACACACAGGGGCAUGUGGGGUGUGGGCAUGGGCAGAGACAGCCGUGCACCCUCCGAGGAGAGAGGACACAGAGCCCACCCGACACCAGCUCCCAGAGUCCAGGUCUGAGCCCUUCCCCACGGCAACGCCAGCAAACCUGCUCGGACUGAAAAUGCAGACCGGGCUCUGCCGGUGAAGGUCGCGCACGCCUGUCCUGAGACCCCUCCCUGAAGCUGAGUUUGCACGGGGCUGCCCCCCGUGUGGCAGAGGGUCGACACAGGAGGGCACCAAGGCCCAGGCUGCCAAGUGGAGUCACCAGCGCCACCUCUGAGACUUCGCCCCUGAAAGUCAACGUGGGAUCAUCCAAAGGCUCAGCAGACCCAGCACCAGCAGUGCCCUCGGAGCCACGUGAGGCCCGGCCGCCCGGCCCCGUCUCUGCUGAGGGGCCAGGGGCCCAGAAGGAGCACCACUCCAGCCACGGCCUGCACGAAGGGCGGCUAGCUGGCCUCUGGCCUCUGACAUUGCAGUGAUGUCACAGGGGCCACCUAGCAACGGGCCCUGGCACCUCGGGCUGUUCCUCGUGCAGAGCCUAGAAGACAUGCUCUCCAUCUAAGGCUGUGUGAGAGCCAGCAUCCUUCUUUCCCACGACCUGAAGGCGGGACGAUGGAGAAGGACCCCUCAGCCGCACACAGGAGGCACCGGCUGGGUCCCGGCGCCCCUCCCUUGGCUGUGGGCCCCGGGCACUUCAAGGCAGCCAGCGAGAUGACUGACUUGCAGAGAAGCAGGAGUGUGGGUGGCCUGCACCAGAAGGGGGACCCUCCCAGCUGCAUCAAGAGGCUGUGCAAGGAGCUAGGUGGGGGCCGGCGGCACGCGGCUCUCCUGGGGCCAGGGUCGGGGGUUGGGCCACCUCCUGGCUUCCACUGCCCCUGCCUAAAACCCCAGAGGCCGGAGUUCCCGUCGUGGCGCAGUGCUGACUGCAAGCCAGCCGCUUCCUCUGCAGAGUCUGAAGACCAGGGGAAGGACCUCAAAAGUGAUGCAGAAGAUGCCAGCUGCCAGCCUAACCUGGAGGAGGACAAGCAGGAACAGCACCAGGAUGCCCUGGGGAAGGAGGACCGUGAGGGCGACAGGGCGGAGCCUGAGGCUGUGAACACCCCCGAGGCCAGCGUCCAGGAGGAGCAGGACGGAGGGCAGAGCGUGGACAAGUGCACCCCGGAGGCUAAGGAGCAGGAGCCAGAGUCCGUAAAACUGGCUGACCUGCUGGAAAAAGAGGCAAGAGCUUUUCACUUUGCAGGGAGGGUGGGAGGCCACCCCUCCAACUCCCUCACGGACGAGCUGCCACGGACGGCCCCUGCCAAGCCUGGCUGUGUCUGGUGGUCCCGGACCCAGGCAGCCACAGGACAGAGCCCAACUCGCGGCCCGGAACCUGCACUCCUCCCCAGCUCGCCCAAACCCAUCAGCCGCGCCUCUGGCUUCCAUCCACAGAAACCGUCUGUGUUUGUGGAGAUUGACCUGGGAGACCACGCCGAGGAGGUGAUCACAUGUGCCAUGAAAGAAGAGAAGCCGUCCCAGCUGGACAUGGGGGAUCUGUCAGAGGACGAGACCGGCUGGGUGUGCUGCAUCCCCUACUCCACCAGAAAGAAGGCCAAGGAGAGCGCGUAGCUGCGAGAGAAGGUAAUUCACACGGGUAGGGGGUGGGGGGCCCCCCCGCCGGCCCGGGUCCACCCGACACCCACCCCUCUGCCCAGGUACGGGGUCUCCACUUCAGUCUCCUGGGGUCGGCCAGACCCGAGAGGGGCCCAGAGAGACACCGCACGAACCUCUCUCCCCACCCCAUGUGGGGAUGGAUUUGGCUACACCAGACAUAGCCUGGCAGCUGACUUUCUGCCCCAGGCACUGUUUCAGAGGCUCUGUGACCACCACACGUGACCCCCACGGCUCGGAAGCGAUGACGCCAUCUCUUAAAAAGACCCAAUAAAGAGGGAUGGAGGAUGUGCUCCCUCUCGAGGCCGAGGGCUGUCCCUUCUUUUCAUACCUCUCAUCCCACAAAAUGUAAAUUAGGGAAGGGAGGCGGCUCAGGACCGGCCUGUGUGCACGUGCACACAUAGCACACGUGACGCGCGGUCCACAUGCCCAUGCACGGCCACACAGGAGCGUGCAGGAGGACAUGGGCAGGGGCCAAGCAGCAUCUCUGAGACCGGAGGUCAGAGGACACAGGUGAAACCCUCGAAGGCCACCAUGGGCGUCAGCUCAGUUCUCCCCCGCGGCCACCACUGCCCAACAGGAGAACCGGCCCAAGAAGCUGGCCGGGGGCGGGGUGCUGCCCAGCUGUCGGAACCGAGCAUAGACGAGGCAACUCAGCUGACCACUCGUGGUGUGCUGGGCACAGGACUGACCCCAUGGCCCCCUAGAAUCUGGGGCUGCUGCUUGUCCCCUGGAGACGGAAGCAUCACGCUAGUGACAGGGAUGGAGUAGACACAGGUAGCUGUCGAAGUCCCCAUAAGGGACCACAGGUGAGAGGGAAACCCAGGGGAGGCUGGGAGAUCACUGUAAGUUAAUAAUUGCUCAAGAAAGCCAUCAGAACAAGGCAGGCUGCUUGACUGGUGGAAGUUCGAGAAUUGCCUCAGGUCUUUGGGUGCGGGAUGGGGUGAGGUCUGCAUUCAGGUUCAGAAGAGAAAGGAAGAGGCAGGCUUUCCCCACUCCCACUCCCCUUGGAGGAUAAAACUGUAGCCCACCUAAUGCUCGGGUAGAGCCUCCUUGCCUGCCUGCUUGCAUC